GGUGCGGCCUCCGGGCUGCCGGGUCCAGUGGCACAAGGAUUGAAGGAGGCUUUGGUGGAUACCCUCACCGGAAUCCUGUCCCCAGUGCAGGAGGUGCGAGCGGCUGCCGAGGAACAGAUUAAGGUGCUCGAGGUGACAGAGGUAUAGCGUAAGCACUGUCACCUGCGAAGGGAGCCCCUCAAGGAUCCAGACGCACUCCUGGGCAUGUGGCGGGCACUGAGCCGAGCGGAAGGCGGCCACGCUCGGAAAAAGAAUUUGGUGUUCACCUGGCAGAGCUGACUGUAGAUCCCCAGGGAGCACUGGCAAUCCGUCAGCUGGCAUCAGUCAUCUUGAAGCAGUAUGUGGAGACUCACUGGUGUGCCCAAUCAGAGAAGUUUAGGCCUCCUGAAACUACAGAAAGGGCAAAAAUUGUUAUCCGGGAGCUAUUGCCCAACGGGUUGAGAGAAUCAAUAAGUAAGGUGCGCUCCAGUGUGGCCUAUGCAGUGUCAGCCAUUGCUCACUGGGACUGGCCCGAAGCCUGGCCCCAGCUCUUCAACCUGCUCAUGGAGAUGUUGGUGAGCGGAGAUUUAAAUGCAGUCCAUGGAGCCAUGCGAGUGCUGACAGAAUUCACUCGAGAAGUAACAGACACACAGAUGCCCCUUGUUGCUCCAGUCAUUCUUCCAGAGAUGUAUAAGAUCUUCACUAUGGCCGAGGUGUAUGGUAUUCGGACCCGUUCCCGAGCUGUGGAGAUUUUUACCACUUGUGCCCAUAUGAUCUGUAACAUGGAGGAACUGGAAAAGGGUGCAGCCAAAGUUCUGAUCUUUCCUGUGGUGCAGCAGUUCACAGAGGCCUUUGUUCAGGCCCUCCAGAUACCAGAUGGCCCUACAUCUGACAGUGGAUUUAAGAUGGAAGUCCUAAAGGCAGUGACAGCCCUGGUGAAAAACUUCCCAAAGCACAUGGUGUCCUCCAUGCAGCAGAUUCUGCCUAUUGUUUGGAACACCCUAACUGAGAGUGCAGCUUUUUAUGUGAGGACAGAAGUAAAUUACACAGAGGAAGUUGAAGAUCCUGUGGAUUCUGAUGGUGAAGUCCUGGGCUUUGAAAAUCUCGUCUUUAGUAUUUUUGAGUUUGUCCAUGCUCUCCUAGAAAAUAGCAAAUUCAAAAGCACUGUUAAGAAAGCCUUGCCUGAGUUGAUUUACUAUAUAAUCCUGUACAUGCAGAUCACUGAGGAGCAGAUUAAAGUAUGGACAGCCAACCCCCAACAGUUUGUAGAAGAUGAGGAUGAUGAUACUUUCUCUUAUACAGUUAGGAUUGCAGCUCAAGACCUAUUGCUGGCUGUGGCCACUGAUUUCCAGAAUGAGAGUGCAGCAGCCCUGGCUGCUGCAGCCACUCGGCAUUUACAAGAAGCUGAGCAAACCAAAAACAGCGGUACCGAACACUGGUGGAAGAUACACGAGGCAUGUAUGCUUGCCCUCGGCUCAGUGAAGUCUAUCAUCACUGACAGUGUGAAGAAUGGCAGGAUCCAUUUUGACAUGCAUGGGUUCCUGACCAAUGUCAUCCUUGCAGACCUCAACCUUUCAGUGUCUCCUUUUCUCUUGGGCCGGGCACUUUGGGCUGCCAGUCGGUUUACUGUUGCUAUGUCCCCUGAAUUGAUCCAGCAGUUUCUACAGGCAACAGUUAGUGGUCUUCAUGAGACACAGCCCCCAUCAGUUCGAAUUUCUGCCGUGAGAGCCAUCUGGGGUUAUUGUGACCAACUAAAAGUCUCAGAGAGUACCCACGUGCUUCAGCCCUUCCUCCCCAGUAUCCUGGAUGGCUUAAUUCACCUAGCAGCCCAGUUCAGCUCAGAGGUCCUCAACCUGGUGAUGGAGACCCUGUGCAUCGUUUGUACAGUAGACCCAGAGUUCACAGCAAGCAUGGAAAGCAAAAUCUGCCCCUUCACCAUCGCCAUUUUCCUGAAGUACAGUAACGAUCCUGUCGUCGCCUCGCUGGCCCAAGAUAUCUUCAAGGAGCUGUCCCAGAUUGAAGCCUGUCAGGGCCCAAUGCAGAUGAGGCUGAUUCCCACUCUAGUGAGCAUAAUGCAGGCCCCAGCAGACAAGAUCCCUGCAGGACUGUGUGCGACAGCCAUUGAUAUCCUGACUACAGUAGUACGGAAUACAAAGCCUCCCCUUUCCCAGCUACUCAUCUGCCAAGCUUUCCCAGCCGUGGCACAAUGCACCCUUCACACAGAUGACAAUGCCACCAUGCAGAAUGGUGGAGAGUGCUUGCGGGCCUACGUGUCAGUGACGCUGGAGCAGGUGGCCCAGUGGCACGACGAGCAGGGCCACAAUGGGCUGUGGUACGUGAUGCAAGUGGUGAGCCAGCUCCUGGACCCCCGUACCUCCGAAUUCACUGCGGCCUUUGUGGGUCGCCUCGUCUCCACCCUCAUCUCCAAGGCAGGGCAGGAGCUGGGGGAGAACCUGGACCAGAUUCUUCGUGCCAUCCUCAGUAAGAUGCAGCAGGCAGAAACGCUCAGUGUCAUGCAGUCUCUGAUCAUGGUGUUCGCUCAUCUGGUGCACACUCAGCUGGAACCCCUCUUGGAGUUCCUGUGCAGCCUCCCGGGACCUACUGGCAAACCUGCCCUGGAGUUUGUAAUGGCUGAGUGGACAAGCCGACAGCAUCUGUUCUAUGGACAAUAUGAGGGCAAAGUCAGCUCUGUGGCACUGUGUAAACUGCUCCAGCAUGGCAUCAAUGCAGAUGACAAACGGCUACAGGAUAUCCGCGUGAAGGGAGAGGAGAUCUACAGCAUGGAUGAGGGCAUCCGCACCCGCUCUAAGUCAGCCAAAAACCCUGAGCGCUGGACAAACAUUCCUUUGCUGGUCAAGAUCCUGAAGCUGAUCAUCAAUGAGCUCUCCAACGUCAUGGAGGCCAACGCCGCACGCCAGGCCACUCCUGCAGAGUGGGGUCAAGAUGACUCCAAUGAUAUGUGGGAGGACCAGGAAGAGGAUGAAGAAGAGGAAGAGGAUGGUUUAGCUGGCCAACUCUUAUCUGACAUUCUCGCUACAAGUAAAUAUGAGGAGGAUUACUACGAGGAUGAUGAGGAAGAUGACCCUGAUGCCCUAAAGGAUCCUCUCUAUCAGAUUGAUCUGCAGGCAUAUCUCACGGACUUCCUCUGCCAGUUCGCUCAGCAGCCCUGCUACAUAAUGUUCUCAGGCCACCUUAAUGACAACGAGAGGCGGGUUCUGCAGACCAUUGGCAUCUAAAAAACGGAGACUUUCCACAUCUGCUCCUCCUGGCCUAGCCACAAACCAUUUUGCAGCCCUAAACUGGCCUCAAGAUGUACUUUCUUUUCAACCUAGAGUGGCCUCCUGACUCUUGGCCCUUGGCCUUUGCAGAGUGACAAUUCAGACCAAGCUCACCAGUGCUGUCACUUAGGAAUACUGGAACAAAGGACAUUUCUCAAAGACUCCCUGAAGAGACUCCAUCUCUAGAACCUUUUUCUCCCCAACUGUGCCCUCACCUGUGUUCCUAGAGUCUUCUGCUGGCCACUCCAGAAACAUAUUGCCCAGAAGGAUUAUGUGUUCAUGGAUUAUUUUGCCCCACCUCAGGAGCACAGGAAGUCAUGACCAUUUAUAUUCUAAAACAGACCUGUUUACUUUCAUAGGACAUCUGAUGUGUUCAGAUAGGAAUACCCUUGAGAGAUGAUUCUGCUUUCUGCCCUCCACCACAGAUGUUCUGGGUUCUCCAUAGGAACGAGAGAGAGCUACAUUCUGAGCCCUCUCCAGUGACCUCUCCUUGUCUCCCUCCUAUAACACUAAGGCUCCCCUGUCAAAGGAAGUCAUCUUGUUUUUGCCUCAUUGCAUGACACAGCCCCUCCCCCUAAGCUAUCCCUGUGUAUACAUGCACACACACAAAAUAAGCCAGACAGAUGGCACGUUGGUUUUCCUUUUUUAGAAGGAAAAAAAAAAGGAAAAACAUUUUUUUAAAAGUCCUCCUGAUACAACCAUAUUUAAUAUUCCUCUCCCACACGUCACCACACAGUCUGAUAUUCAAAGGUUACCCCAUCUCCCUCAGAAAUCCUCUAAAGUGGUUAAGUUGUAGCCCUCAAAUUUGCAAUGUGUAUUUUUCUAGGAGAGUAAAGUAAUCUUUACAAAUGAAUUUAGUCCGCAUGGUAUAAGGUGUACCAGCACAUCUGCCUUCUGUUCCUUUUAGAAGGAAAAUAAAAAUAAGGGGAAAAAGAUUAGGCAGAGCCAUGUAGACACCCUAGUGUGUUUUAGCUAAGCUAGCUCAAAAUGAUUCUUAGAGAACUAGUAUCAUCCAAUCAAGUAUUUUUAAGGGUGGUCCCUUAUUUGGGAAUUUCAGUGUGUUGUGGGUGAAUGAGGAUAAUAAAUCAAGGGGAGGAAGGCAAAGCCCAGCAUUCCCUUUUUUGAUAGUGCCCACACCUGGUGCCUCAGUUUUAGUAGCUACAGAAGAUUUCUUUAGGUUGAUGGUCUUGCAGACAGGAAACAGAAUAUAAAGUGAAUUUAAGUCUCUGUUCUUGAGGAAAGGGCCCCACUUGUGGGGCAUUUACUGUACAGGACUGUUACGGAAGCCUAAGGAUUUUGUAGCUAAUAGUGAUUUCACGCCACUAGGUGUCCCUGGUGUACAGUUGUCACAUCUGAGCUGGGGAAAGUGUCUGUUAACGUUACUAUCUUUGAAAAGCCUGAGGACGUGUGCACAGCAUGGUCCGCUGCCAGCCAGGUUCUGAGACUGGUAACUGCCCCUGCUGUUUCUCCCCCUUGAGUUGGGAGAGUUGCUCAUACUGGGGAAAUAUAGAAGGUCUGGCCAAUUGGUGCUCAGGAAAACCACAGUCAGCCUUAGAAACAAACUCCAUAGUUGAUCUCAAGGCAGUGCCAGUUGGUUUCAGUGCUGAAGGUUACAUAAGGCCAAAUCAACUCCUGAUUGUGGCACAAAAGAAAGGUCUCAUGCCAUUGGCAUUGAAUUGCUGAGUUUGGGAAGGCUUGGGGCUCCCACACAUAGAAUGAUAUGGGCCCCUUCUGGGCCUGCUAAUUAGAAAAAAAGAGUCUGUAUCUAGUGCCAAAAGUGAUCUCUUGACAAAGGUCCUCUCUUGCUGAUUUUUGGGGAGGACUGGAAAACCUAAGUCCUGAAGGAAAGGGUCUUCGUAUCAUCCAGGCGGCCACCCUUGCCUAACAGACAUACUGUUGUGGAUGAGAGCAGAGGGUCUUGGACCCCUUUGUGUGCAGGCACUUCCUUUGCUCCCACAGCAUUUUCACAUCAUCCCAUUUAACCUUUACAGCAGGUACACAGUGGAUAAUAUUCCCAUUCUAUCAAUGAGGAAGAGUUCAGAGACUAUGUCCACCGUCAGCAGGGAGAAAAAAGAUCUGCUUGAGUCCAGUAGUAUUGACAGAAAGUUCCAGUAGUAUUGACAGAAAGUUGAACUCUAGCUCCUAUUUUGUCUCCUGGUCUUUUGGCCAAAGAACUUACCUUGGGUCUAAAAGAUCAGGGCUAACUGGUUGGAAGGAGUUGAAGUUCAAGAUAAGAUAAACAAGGGAAUGAGAGAGCGCUGGGCUGUUCUAAAAUACUUCAGGUUUCCCGAGCCUGGUGAGUAACAGCUAGGACACCAAGGGCUUUGCCAGCAGUGUGUUGAGCUCUUAGUGGAAAGAACUGAAGGGAAAACGGAAGAAACAACCAGAAGAUAGAGGAGGUGGAAGUCCAAGAACAGAAGGAAGCUGGUUAUGAUAAGUCCCUGCCCGAUCUGUGACACAGGGACUAUCCUGCCAGAUGUGUGACAUUGAUCGGGACUACAGACAGAUGACUUGAGGUGAUAAAUAAGAAUGUUGUAAUCACUGGAGUUUAAUAGAUGUUCAUUAUGAAUUCAGAGCAAGUGAUGCCCAACUAGACUCGUAGUCUGAUUUUGUUAACAGAUAAAAUCUGGACACGGUAAAAUCAAAGCAUUAGGGAAAUGGAGAAGUUGGUUACUGUCCACCAACUCUCAGACUACAAACUGGCUUAUUGUGGAAUGGUUUAUGCUGUGCCCCAGGGCUCUGUCCUUGGCCCCUCCUUUGAUAUUAAUGACAGAUGAGGGUUUUUUUUUAAUGUUUUACCCAUUCCAAAAGAGGACUUGAGGCCAUUUACAAAAGAAACAGUACUAGAUAGAGUUGCUGAUCAGAUUUUUUUUUAGAUGGGGGGAGGGGUUAGAGGGAGAGAGAAAAUCCCUAGCAGGUUCCAUGGGGCUUCAUCUCUCAACCUUGGGAUCAUGACCUGAGCAGAAAUCAAGAGUCAGAUGCAUAACCGACUGAGCCACCCAGGCUUCCCUGCUGAUCAGCCGAUCAGAUUUUUAGAUAACAGGAACUCCUGGGAAGGAUGACAAUUUAGGAUUCAAACAACUAUAUAAGCUUUAAAAAUAGGCAGAAUUUAAAGGUAAGGUUGUUUUCAAAAUUCAGAUGGAUGAGUAUGAAGAGAGUUAAGGAUUACAGAGCACUGUGCUCUUGUUAACAAUUCUUUGUGCAGUAAUAAGUGUU